AUGAACUUCAACAAGGGUAUGUCAGAUAAGCUGGCGAUUCAAUUGCUCAAAAACAGUGUGUCUGUCAGUGGACUGGACCAGACAGAACCAGGAUUUGAUCUGACCGAUGAGGAGAUACAUAAAUUCAAACUGUGGCCCAAUGGAAUCGUCCCUUAUUACAUUGACGAUUUUUCUUAUGAUAAGGUUCUUCGUGAUCGUAUUCGUAACUUCCUUGGAGGAGUAGAUGGGAUCACAGGACUUCAUUUUAGAGAAUUGCCGACACCUCCUUCAGACGACAACAGCAGAUGGGUAUUUUUCGUCAACAGACAGGCAAAACUCGGUUGUUCAGAUCAUACUCCUUUGAAUUUCACCAACGAUGGAGUUCAAAAAGUUGUUUUUGGUUACAACUGUAUGGCCGAAGAAGGGGAACUAUCUGAAGCAGUUUUGGCAAUAGUCGGCGUGCCACCACAACACAAUUCUCCUGAUCGAGACUCUUAUGUCACCGUAGAAAUGGACCAUAUUUUACCAGGAGAAAACGACGGAUUCAGUUACACUGACAUUUUGAAAAUACGGAUGCUUUACAAUUAUAUCUCAAGAAAGAAAUCACGGUCCAUUAACGGUCCUGAAUGUGACAAAUUAUUUACGCAAGGCAAAAAUUUUAAUUCAUUUAAGCCAGAUUCGGAAGAAGUAGUAAAACCCAGACGAAAACCUAAUAGGUAUCUUGGUUUACCAGACAACGCUGACAAAGAAACGAAAGAUGAAAAUGGGGAUGUAGAGGAUGAAAAAGAAACCAAAGAUGGAAAUGGGAUUGCGGAGGAUGAAAAACUUAAUUCAAAUGAAGAAGCAAAAAGUAAAGAAGAAGAAACAACCCCAGAAAAUGAGAGAGAUGAUGUCAAAGAAGAAAGAACACGUAGCUUAGAAAUUCACACAUUAAAAUCAGACCCCUUACUUACAUUGUCGGAUUAUGAUACAGCACACGAGCAUGACCGUCUGAUGGGAUCGAAAAAAAGGGGUAGACUUAUGAGAAAAAAGUAA